AGCUCUUGUGGUGAACCAUGUGACCAUAGGGUGAAUCACUGGCACAGAAACUGGCCAACUGGGUGAAGUGUGAAAAAACUGAAAAUACUGUAUGUGUGUAUGGUUCAGAAUAUGGUUCAGUAGUUCCACUUGAGUAUGGGCUGAGAUGCUGAGUAACAAGUAACUGUACUUUAUUUCUGCAAAUAUGGAAAAAAAUGAAAUACAGUUAAAUAACAGUUUUGUCAUUCUUUAUAAACUGUAAACGUUGACAUGGCUGAAGCUGGUCCAUCAGAAUCAAAGACACUGGCCAAGUCCGAGGCUGAACAGUCUUCCAGCGAUGGUAUAGAUAAAACAAGCAAAACAGCAGCUCAAAGUAGAACUAUAAAUUCCAGAGGUAGGCAAGGCAACUUUAGCAGAAAUUCAAGAUCUAAGCCCAGCCAAGAGCAGCCGGAAAGGGAGGCGGGAAUAGGGAAUGCUGGUGAUACAAAACCCAAAAGCAGGUCUAAGCCCAGAGGUAGGCAAAAUGCCCGAUCACAAGGAAAGAUGUUUGGAGAAAUUGGACAGAAUAACCAAACUGAGGGAGAGGUGUUGAAAGCUGAUACAAAAUACAGGGAAGAUAAAUCCAAGCCUGAAGGAACAUGUUCUUCAACCUACAAUGCAAGUAGGCAGGGUGGUAUAGAAAAUCCCAAACCACAUCAGACCAACAUAGAUAAUAAAUCUAGAGCUCAUUGUGGAAGAACCCAGGGAUUUAAUAAUUACUCAAAGUCAAAACCAGGUUCUGCUAAAAAUUUUGGAUCCCAAUCCGGCAAGCAUGGUACGGCUAGUCAACUGGUUGUUUCAGCACCAUUGCCAUCUCAACCCCCUGCCCUAAUGGUCACAGACACUCAAAAACCUUUCACAAGUCAUGGGAUUGUAAGUGAUGGUAUUUAUGUGCCUAAAAAUAAAUUGGUAAAUACUGGGCGAGGUUCUAAGAAGAAACAAUUUAUUGAUGACAAUUCAGUCGUGAAUAAUCGAACUGAUCUUCAAAGGAAUUUACAUUCAUCAAAGAGAUUUGAUUAUUCAUAUUAUGUUGGAGGUCCACACAAGCAAGCGUCAUACGAUGUGGGCAAGUUGAAUGCAAAUUUUCAAGCUGUUAGCAUGAAAUCGCCAGGGCAGUCCUCAGUGCAAGCAAGUGUGUUGAUUGAACAGUUGACCGAUGAGAAGUAUGAGUGUAUGGUGUGUUGUGAGGUGAUCAGAUGUGCAAAAGGUGUCUGGUCAUGUUCAAACUGCUUUCAUAUAUUUCAUCUUUAUUGCAUCAAGCGCUGGGCAAGAUCUCCCACAUCUGCAAUUGAAGGUGAGAGAAAUGUUUUCUAA